CUUUCCCCAGCGGCGACGAGCGAAAAUGAAAAUUAUGCAACUUUGACUCGCAAGAAAAAAUUAUGAGAAUGCUUGCGGUCUUCACACGAAAGUGGUGUUAUUUACAGCUAAUUAUACGUGAGAAUUCUUAGUGUGCUAAGGCUAACUGAUUUAUCUUUGCCAACAGCUAGUCCGCACGAAUCCUUCUACGUUUGGCUCUAGGUUCUGCCCGGUACAGUCAGUAAACUAACAUUUUUCAAACUUUUUCCGCAGAUAUGUUAAACUGUGAAGACCCUCCGUUGGACAUAUGCCUUGUUAUUGAUCAAACUCAAAGUGUCGGCAAACACGAUUAUGGAAUAAUGAUGAACGCCCUCGCGGGAAAAUUCUUACCCUUGUUCACCAUCAGUGAAGAGGCAACCCAUUUCUCCGUUGUCACAUUCGCUAAUCAGGCAACCAUACGAAUACCUUUUAAUCAUACAGCGUCUUCAAAUCUUCAGCAAUUGGCAGAUCUAAUCAUCGAUAUGUCAAAUGAUGAGCUUGGCCGUCCAACAAGGACAGACAGGGCAAUGGAAGCUGCUAAUGAAGCCUUCGAAGAAGCAAACGGAGAUCGUCGUCAUGCUGCAGACGCACUGGUUUUGUUAACUGACGGAAAAACGCACGUUGAUUCAAAAAAUUUUAUUGGGGAUCAAGGAGUUUUAAACCCAAUCAUAGUAAGUAUCUUUUAUUCAGUUACCUCUUGCUUUUAUCAUUUAACAGUUAUUGAAAUGUAUUAAAGAAUUAUUUGGACAGAGGAAGAUGUUAUCGUCCAAGGUGGAUAAAAGCCCCUGAGAUCUGCACAAUUCUUCAUGAGUACGAAAGCCUAAUUCAAUGAUUGUUCGGCUAUUCAUUCAAAAUUAAAGUUCUUAACAAUCUUACCUCCUCUAAGACUUUCUUGGAAACAUUUGCCUGUUUUUCGGAGCGGUUCCAGGAUUUAAACAGAUCUCAGCUUUUUCUGGCAGAUACUUCUCAUAAAGUAGAUGACCUCAAUCAAGCAAGCGUAUUCGUGCAAUUAUUCCGUUGAGUUUCAGUCAGAAAUUCGGCUAUUUCGUCUUCGGAUAGCAGAGAACUCUUUCGCUAGUUUUUUGAGUUUGAGUUUACUAGUAAGGAGGUUGUCAUUUUAUAUUGGGGCAAUAUGCCAUUUUGUCGGUUGUAUAUUACCUAUAUCUUCGAAAACUGGUGAGCGUCGGCUGGAUAUGAAGAAUUCAGCAGGUGCAAAGAGACGCAACAACUCCCAACGUUAUUGGCCCAACAAUGUUGCGAGUUGUUGCGUCCGUGUUGGCAGUGGUGUGCAAACAGAUGUAACAACUCCCAACAAUUUUGGGACCUGCAGUGCAUCGUGGAAAGGACACAACCCAUAAGACCUUAGAGCAAACCAUGUGCAAUCCACGUGCGAGGCCCCAACAAUGCUGGAAGAGUUGUGCAAACGGGUCAAACUUUGUUGCGCUACGCUUCGGAGAUCACGGAACAAAAGAAAUGUUGGAAGCUGUUUCAAACUUUGCCAAACAACUCCCAACAACAUGCAACAGUGUGGGCAAACGGACGCAAAGUGUAACAUCCAACAAUUUUGGGAGUUGAACGCAUAAUUGACCAGCUCCCAACAUCAGUGGCUUCAUAGCUCAGUUGGUUAGAGCUUCGCACCGGUAUCGCGAGGUGACGGGUUCAAAUACCGAUGAAGUCGGGAAAUUUUUUUCAGGCUUCUUACGCAAUUGCAAUUGCAUAAAUUGUGUUCACAAUUCUGAGGAUAAUUCUUCACUUGAUUUCAUGAUUUAUAUCAUAUAUAUAUAUCUACCACAAUGUUUCGUCUGUUUGCAAGGCCUCUCUCUUGUUCUUGACCACAGAUUUGUUCAUAGAAUGUUAUUACGUAUUUCUAUAUUUAUAUAUCUGUUGUAAAUGGAAAGAGAGAAAGACAGUGAAGCCUUAAGGAUAAACAUUUAACUUAGUGUUUUCGCACUAUUCUCCUCAUGGCUUUGUCACUCACUCGCGCUCUCCAACGAACCCACCAACUCUGACGCAGGUUAAUGAAAGCUAAAGACUCAUGUUCUCAAAACGUAAUCCUUACAUCGGUCCACGGCGUCAAAUUUUAUAGGAGAAAAAUGUUCAUCGUGUGGUUGUUGGCAUUGGUAGUAAAGCUAAACGUUACCGGUAUCAACUGGAAGAGAUUGCUGGCAACACUGAUAAUGUGAUCGAAGUACAGUCCUUUCAACAACUCUCAAAAUCGCUUCGAAGACUCCGAGAAGUUACCUGCAGUGAGUAUCAUCAUGUUUCAGUUUUUCUUAAUCUUCGGCCAAACGGGCAACAAGAAUGUGCACCUUGUUUGCAACAUUGCUGCAGAACGAGUAGAAUAGCGAUGUAACGCGUUUUACCACCCACGUUCAAACCUGUUAACAACCUGAUGAUUUGUUGCAAGAAAGGUUUGGUGUGGGAGGCAAAACUCGCAACAUCCCUAUUCAACUCGUUUUGCAGUAAUGUUGCAAGACAACGGUUGCAGGUUUUUUUUUUGCCCGGUUUUCCGUACCUUUAGGUUAAUUUACAUUAUAUGUUGCAUGUGACUUUUCUUAUCUAUAUCGCAGUUUUAUGGAUGCUUAUUAACAAUUUUUAUGCGCGCUCAUCAGUUGCAAAAUGUUGACAUGUCGGAAAUGACAAUGGAACUAACGUUAUGAAUGUGCAUUUUCUGCAUAUAACAAUACACAUUCUCUUUCUGCGAUCCAUUAUUGUUUAUUUUACAGACGCCUGUAAAGGCAGACGCCAAAGUUAUAAAAUAUAUAUAGUAGCCUAAUUUCCGAGGGCUUCUUAAAAAUAACGACCGGGCGCGAAGCGUGAGGUUAUUAGCUCUGCGUUGUUUUAGAACUAACCAAUUAGAGGAGCAGGAUCAUUAUUCUACGGUGCCACCCCAGUGACCUGCUCUUUCAUUUAUUGAAAUAAUAACUUGAGUAUUGAAAAGGUGCAUUAAUAGAUCUUAUUCGCGAUACCCGCCAUCUUUGCACGUGCUCUAGGAUCGAUGGGAUAAAAGCUAUGUCACGUGGUGUUUCAUGGGGCAAACAAGUGAUAAAAUUUCCCAAUACGAGUAAUCGCGGUCGAAUUUAUUUAUUCUAUCAAAAGGAGACGACGUUUUCGUAGUCAUGUAAAAUGUACAUAUCGAGUUUUGGCAAGAUUUACGUCAUUUCUGUUUGCUAUAAUUACUGCUACGGUCGCUACUGCAUACAAAAAAAUAACAAGCAUCACUUCCACCCAUAUUUUGACAUUAUCGUCUUUAAGAUGAAAAGGUCUUCAUUUCCUGUUGUGUAGAAUAAACAAACUCAACCUCGAUUAUUUCCAUUGGCAUUUUUUUUACUUGUUUUCGCCAUUAUCUGUUCGAUUCAUACAAAUUUAUAAUCAAUGGAUUGAAACUGGUAUAGUUCCAAAUACAUUGAAAGUUUCACAGGUUACUCCAGUUUACAAAAAUGGUGAUGCAACUGACCCUGCCAACUAUAGGCCUAUUUCAACUCUCUUAUCUUUUAGUAAGGUUUUUGAAAAGUUAAUUUAUAACCAUCUAUACACCUUUCUUGAAAAAUAUGGCAUUUUUGUGUUAGUAUCAAUUUGGUUUAGGAAGGGAUACUCCACUGAGCAGGCCGUCUUAGAAAUUACUGACUCACGUAAGAAGGGUAUGGAUAAAAAUUGGUCACCUGCGGUAUUUUUCUUGACUUUUCAAAGGCAUUUGACACAAUUAACCAUGAUAUUCUGUUAUCGAAACUCUAUAGAUAUGGUAUACGUGGAAAUCCUCUCAGAUGGUUUGAAAACUACUUAUACAAUCGUAAUCAAGUUGUCAAAAUUGGUGACACUAUGUCAAGCAGUCAGACCAUUAUCUGUGGUAUACCUUAAGGGUCAACUUUAGGUCCAUUGUUAUUUCUUCUUUAUAUUAACGAUUUGCCAAACUGUUCAAGCAAACUAUCCUUUCGAAUCUUUGCUGAUGACAUUAAUAUGUUUAUAAAAGUAAUAAUCUGCAUAACCUAGAGUCAGUCAUGAAUGAAGAAUUUAAGUCAGUAGUUAAGUACUGUGCCAUUAACAAAUUAUCUAUAAACUUUUCAAAGACAAAUUACAUCCUAGUCUCAUCCUCAAGUUUAAGUGGAAGUAUAAAUGUAUUUAUUAAAAACUGAAUCAUUGGAUAAUGCAAUUCUAGCAUUUUGAUUGGCUUAGCCGUUAUGGUAUAUGAGCUAAUAUACCAUGUUCUCCAUAUAUGGUCGGUGUACGCGUCAGUUUAAAAUUGGAAGCUAGCUGACAUUUUUUUUCGCGAAGGAUAGAACGGGGCCCGAAGCAAAUCGUUUUAAUUCAUUUCUUAGAAUACUAGAAAUGCAAUUUCAACGAAAGAAAAAAGACAUAAACAAACAAAAAAGCCACAAGAGCUUGUUUGAAAGUUUGUCGAAAAACACAUGGAACUAAAGUACCUUGACCAGCUACGAAAGAAGACAAGUGUUGUUUCUUCAUGAUCGCGAAGCCAUUCGCCGAUCGAGUCACUCGCCGAUAGAUAACUGCAGCUUGUUUAUCCAACAUCAAGAAUAUAAAUCACAAGUAACCAGCUACAAAUACAGGCUAUGCAGCCAUUCACUAGAGCAAUCGAGGCGGCAGUAUAGUUUCUUUUCUCGUUCAGCAAAACCAGCUUGUGGCUUCAAACAACUUCAUAACAAGCGACGAGGUAAUACCAGUAGUUUUUCUCCGUUGUUCUUACUUUUAUAACUGCACCGAAAAUCCAAAUUCAUAGUAAUUUCGACGGCUGUCACUUAAAAAUUCCUUUCCUUCACAUUAUCUGCCAGGUUUUUUAAGCUGUUCUGCUGUGUAAAAUCCUAGAAUCACGAUGAGUUUUUAAAAAACUAAUGUUCAUCGCACAAUGUUUUGAUUUUUCAUUCAUGCAGUCUAGGCGAGCCCGUUCGCGCGUUGACAGUUUUGAUAGACGUGUGACAUGUCAAUAGCGGAAGUCCCUUGUCUUUUUCGGUUUGUUCUAGUCGGGGCGAUUCAACGAGAUUUUGUGGGCGUUUUUAAUAAAACAAUUAUUCCGCUCGGGCUUGUUGGAUAUGAAAUGAUUAUAGCCAACUCGGCGCUAUGCGCCUCGUUGGCUAUCUAUCAUGUCAUAUCCAACGCGCCAUCGUGGAAUAAUUGGUAAAUAACAUCAAGAUCAAAAUUUAAAUAAAGUACCUGGGUGUGUAUAGAUCAACACUCACACUGGGGACCUCAAAUCUGCAUACAAUGAAACAACUGUACUACUCUUUCAUCUAUCCCUAUUUAACCUGGGGAAGUGCUUGCAAAACUAGGCUGAAUAGGAUCACGACUAAGCAAAAUAAGUGCAUUCGUUCAAUUUUGUUUGCACACAGUAGAAAGAAUGUUAAGUCUUACUACAAUUUAUUGGAUAUCCUCAAAUUUGAUAACAUUUUCAAACACAAAGUAGCACUCUUUGCACAUAAAAUCAUUAAAGAUCCAACAGGCAUCCCAACAAUAUUUUCUGGAACUCUACCUCUAGCUUCCUACUGCCAUAGUCAUUACACUGUUUUUUCUAAUCUUAACUUCAAUAAGCCACAAAUAAAUAAUGACUAUGGAGCUUCCACUUUUUCUUUCAUUGCAUCGAAAAUAUGGGAGACUAUUCCACUGGAGCUCAAAAAAACAAAGUUACUACCGCUUCUCUAAACACUUCAAGUUAUAUCUGCUUCAUUCGCAAUGUGUUUCGUAGAAUAUAUUGAUUUAGUAAAAUCCUCUUAGGGUCUAUUAUCAAUGCUGCGUUCUGAUUGGUUGAGCUACUACUAGGCUAUAUGUUAUAGCUCACUAGUAGCGAAAAGCGCCGGAUUUUGGGCGGCAAAAAAGGAUUAAAGUCUAGCUUUAGCUAGCUAAAGUUGUUUUGUCUCGAUAUUUUUGACCCACUAGUUGAAUUUUACUAAAACAAUUAUUCCUCUCGGCUUCAUGGACUCAGAGUCAAUAGCCCAUUCGGCCGUCGGCCUCAUGGGCUAUUGACUCAGAACCCAUUCAGCUUCGAGGAAAAAUUGGUAAUUAGUUUACUUUAGUUUAACCACUUUUAGCCAUGUUUUGUUUUUGCUUUUUGUUGUUGUUGUUGUUGUUGUUAUUUUGCUUAUUGUUUUCUUUUUGUUUAAUACCCGUCAAUAUUAUUACUUUAGAACCUUUUCUCUUUGUAUAAUUAUUUUUCACUACGCUUUUUGUCUAUGCCAGCUAGCUUAACGUGGGAGUGACCAACCCAGAAGCAUCAGCUACUUUGGUCACUGCGCACAUCUUAAUUCCUUAAUUUCUUGUUAUCUUUAUUUCUGACAUUGUUCCGUAAGGUAUUUAUUCAAAUUCCAAGUCCAAUGUAAUCAAUAUGUUAAUUGUGCAAAUACAAUAAAAUCUGAAAUCUGAAAUCUACCCCCUGAGAAACCACGUGACAUCGCAUUUAUCCCAUCAGUCCUUAAGCGCCUGCAAAGAUGGCGGGUAUCGAGAAUAAGGUCCAUUCAGGUAAAGCAAGUCUUGCUCUUUUGCAAUGAACUUCAAAGGUUUGGAUGGAGGAUAUUCUCCUUGGAGUUCAUGGACGAAGUGUUCUGCAUCUUGUGAUGGAGGAACUCGUUGGCGCAACAGAACCUGUACUCACCCUGCCCCAAAACAUAGGGGAAAAAAUUGCACCACAAUUGGACCUAGUGAGGAGUCAGGAAUGUGCAAUACAAUGGACUGUGGUAAGUGCAAAGUAAGAUAAUGCAAACUUGGAACGGAGAAAAAGUAACGGUUGGAAUUUGUACGUUUUAAAGAAGAUCAGAGGUAGGAUUAGAAUCGUAAAGGAAGCUACAACCCUGGUCAAACGUCUUGGGACACUUGACGAAAUUAGGCACAAAGACGCACUUUGUAAAAUUAACUCAUAUCCUACCUCUUAAAACAGCUUGGGAUGAUGUUAUAAGGGGCUAUUUCUGCUGUCCCCCUCUCCCCCAAGCAGUGUUGAUUGUGUCGAAUUAAAACUUGAAUGUAUAACGUCAACAUUGUGCCGAGGGGGAAGUGGGGAGGGAAGAUGCCUCAAUUUGACGAGCUAUUGCGUUAAUUUCCCAAGAGUUUUGACCAGGGUUAUAGUUGAACUACUGUUGUCUUCCCUCUUCUCACUGUGACCCCAAAGUGCCUUUGAAUAAUCGUCGAAUUGUAUAAAAGUAUUUCUAGAUGGAGCGUACAACCUAAAAACACAGCAGUUCUCUGAUACCCAAUAUGUAUUGCUCUCCGUUCCUCUCGUGACCUUUUUUCGAAUUGUUUGAAAGUAUUAAGAUGACGCGUAUUGCUACUAGAAAUACAAAGAUUCCCUGAUUCAAAAUCUGUAUUGCCCUGUGUUCUCUUCUCCAUGAAAAAACCUUGUUGGGAAACUUAAUAAAACGAGGCUUUUUUGCAUUUGAAAGGUCAUGACGGGAACUUUACAGAAUGGACAGAAUGGUCGAAUUGUAGCAAAGAUUGCGAUGGUGUGCAAAACAGGUAUCGUUUUUGCACACACCCACCUCCUGAGGGACUUGGUAAGAACUGCACAGGAGACGCAAAUGAAACCAGACCCUGUGGCGAACAAUGCAAAGGUAAUAAUAUAAUACAAAAUAAGUAGUAUAGUCUUCUUCCUCUCAUUCCCCUUUUCAGAAUAUAUGAAAUUUAUUACUGAAAGAAAUUGAGUGGUGUAACGAGAAAUUUAAUGGAAUGGCGGGAGCACCCUCACCCUUUUGCGAUAACGACGCCUUUGCUUAAAUUUAUUCCAAAGUAAGAUUAAUACUUGGUGUCUCAGCAAACAGGAAAUGAAGCUUAACAGUAGUAGAUUGUUUAAUUUGCAUAAAAAGCGCGCGUGGUGUUUCGUUGAUAAGGAUUAAAAACGUGCACAUUACAGACUACUCUUUUUACUACUGCUAAAAAUAAUAGUAUAAAUAAUAAUAAUAAUAAUAAUAGUGAUGAUGAUGAUGAUAAUCAUGGUAUUAGUUUGUGCAUUAGAUCUGUUAGGUUCUGCAAAAAUAACAAGAAAUGUUUUGGACAUUUAGUUUGGCUGUAUAUGAAAGAUGAAAAAGUUUAAAGCAUCCAAUAGUUGUAAUAGUAACAAUAACAACAGCAACAACAAUUAUAAUAAUGAUAAUAAUAAUAAUAAUAAUAAUAAUAAUAAUAAUAAUGAUGAUGAUGAUGAUAAUGACAAUGACAAUAAUAAUGAUUAUUCAGUGACCAAUCAGGUUAAUAACCAGAGUUUAAUACCAUUAACUGACGUGAUACAACUCAAGUUGACUCUAAAAAUGACUACGGCGGAGAUUGUCGAAGCGUCAGUCAUUGUCAACAAUAGUCCAAUUCAGGACUACUCCCACACGGAAAAUCAUACUCAGCCUACUUACGGCGAUGUAACACGGGACGAUUCGCAACGACGAUUUUUAGGGCAACAAAGCGUUGCAAUGCUGGAACAAUGUUGUAACCAUUCGAAACAAUGUCGCAACAAUGUUGCAAUGAUGUGUUACGCUAAAAAUCGUAGUUCCGAAUCGUCUCGUGUAACAUCACCGUUAUGAAAUGAUAACAAUGAUAAGAAAAGUAGUAGAAGACAGUGAGUAAUAUAAGUAGUUGAAAAAGAAAACUAAAAUCGCGUGUUCUUAUUUCUCAGGGAAGAUUCCUUGUGAGGAUGGUAUUGAUCUCGCUUUGUUAAUAGACAGUUCCAAAAGUAUUCCGAAAAAGAACUACAGAAAACUUUUGCAAGAAAUGUUGCCCACAUUUCUGCGAACAGAUGAAAUGGCCAACAACAAAACGAGAGUUGGAGUGGCUACGUUUGAUCGCGAUGCAGAAAUACUAGACAACUUCACAACUUAUGUAAGCCACGACAAAGAAGACCUCAUUGCUUUGAUUGAGAGUCAACCUAUAAGGCUUACAUUUAAGACGCGCAUCGACUUUGGACUGAAUAAAGUCUCCGAAAUGUUGUUUUCUGACAAAGGUGGUGAUAGAACAGAAAAACCAAACGUACUGGUUGUCUUUUUUGAUGGAAGACCAUUUCCCCCCCAAAAAGUCGACCUCGAUAAGGCAUUACCUCCUCUUAGAGUAAGUACACAGUGCAUUAUACUACUACAUGAAAAAUGUCUGCAAUUUGAUUGGCUUAGAGCAGUGGUAUUUCAGCUUAAUUUGAAAUACCUACGUGUGAAAAUUACAAACCCUUUGCGGGUAGUAGUAUAAACAAAUAAUAGCAUGAUUUGUACGUGAUAUUUGGCAUAAAUACCACCAUAUUUCAAAAUUGUCUCAAAUUUCACUCCCAUAACGGCACGUGAAAUUUCGUAUAACAAUUUUAAAAUAUCACUCGUGGUAUUUAAGCCAAAUAUCACUACAAAUCACGCUAUUACCUAUACUAAUUUUCCUUGGGCUCUUGGUUAUUUCAACUUCAGAUAGUUUGACAAAAAAAAAUUUAGAAGGGGUACAACUAUAUUGACAGAUAAGAUAGUUUAUAGCAGACACGCCGAUUUUAAAUCAAUACAUUUUGAUAGCUUUCGAGUAUCAAAAUCACUUUAAAGCUGUUAGAAAGGGUUAUACAGUACCGACAAACUUAACGUGUAGAAGCAAAGACAUCAUUGUAAUGAGUUUGUCGUCCCAUGAAAGGGAAUCCAAGACAGUCUUGGAUUCUGGAUUCCAAACAUUGGAUUCCGGAUUCCGGAUUCCAAGUACUGGAUUCCAGUUUAUUCGUCGAGUGAACCUGGAUUCGGAUUCAAAUCUCUAAUGGGAUUCUGGACUCUUUAAGCCGUAUUCCGGAUUCCACGGAAAAAAGAUUCCUGGAUUCUGGAUUCCACGAGCAAGAAUAUCCCCGAUUUCGGAAUCCAAAUUCCGUUUGAAGGAGCGAAAUUUUCAGUCAUUCUGACGAUCAAGUUUGGUUUUUGUCUCAUUGAUUAAUCUCCGCUCCUGGUUGCCGUGAAGACGAUGACCAACGAGUCAUGAUUUGUUGAACCUCUACUUCCAGUUUUUUUCUCUCAUGGGUCUAACAGCCGUGAAGCGUAGGCACUUCUUAGGCAACAAAACCCCCCCGAAUUCUGAAUCCUGAAGCCUGAGUCAUAAAUCAACGCAAUGCAUGGUGUAUCAUUGUCAGUGUUAUCUGCCAUGCGGGUCACUGACAUGACGCCAUCAACGCAGCGCUAUAUGGGCCUCGUUCACUAUCGCACCAUGUAAGGGAAUCCAAGACAGUCUUGGAUUCUGGGUUCCAGUCCCUGGAUUCCGGAUUCUCUGUCAGUGGAACUUGGAUUCCGGAUUUCAAUCUUUGUUGGAUUCAGGAUUCCCUGAGCUGUAUUCCGGAUUCCACAAGAAAAAAAUUUGGGGGAUUCCGGAAAUGGGGCGACUCUUAGCUUAAUUCUUUGACAAAAUGCUAAUAACGUAGCAGCCUAGUUCUCAAACAGAGUGCUCAUAACGUACCUUCUUCUUUUUAUCCAUAGACCAAAAACAAAGCUCAGGUGGUAUUCGUCGGUUAUGGGAUACGAGUUAAUUUCUCGCUGCUUGAGAAUCUUGCUGGACCAGAGAAGGUGGUCAGGCUUAAUGAACUGCGAGACUAUACAAACAACGGAACAAUCAUGGACCUUGUGAAAAAAAUUUGUGGUAAUGAAGCAUUAUCUUUGAUAUUUGUAAAACAGACAUGAUCCAGACUUCUUCUUUUCGCAAAGAAGGUUGUGGGCUGACCUACUAUAAUGAAUUCUGCACAAUGGAAAUUAUACAUACUUGUACUUUAGGUGGUUUCUUGGGAAAUAACAAGGCAGGUGGUGUUGUCCAUUCAUACGCGACAUCACUGAACUUGAUAUGAUAUUACAUCAUAUCACAGUAUAUCACUUCACAUCACAUCACAUCAUAUCACAUCAUAUUACUUCACAUCACAUUACAUUACAUUUCAUCACAUCCCAUCUCAUUACCUCACACCACAUCACAUCUCAUUGCAUCACAGCGUAUCAAAUAACAUCACAUCACAACAUGUUGCAGCACAUCACAUCAUGUCAUCACCUCACAUUACAUGAAAUCACGUCAAAUCACAUCAAAUCAUAUCACAGCACAUCAUGACGCAUCAUAUCGCAUUUUAGAAUCAAAUGACGCUAACCCCCAAAAGCAUAUAGGUUUGUACUGCACUAAAGAACAUGCACAACACAUUUCAUGUCCCACCCCAAGAAACCUGCCUCAGAUUUCGUGUUUCUUCCUUUGUUUUUCGAAAUAGAAGGAAAGAAAAGAAAUUGUCAUUGAUGGUUUACGCCGUAGAACGUAUUCAGGAACUUGACAACAUUGUAGAUAGGACUUGAAGAAAAAAAUUGUGCUUCUUCUUAUUAUAAUUUUAAACAGAGAUUGAUGGCCUUUACACCCCUUGGAGUGAGUGGUCGGUCUGCAGUGAUACGUGCGGCAAUGGUGUUCAGAUACGAAGCAGAAGCUGCACUGCUCCACCCCCGCAAGAAGGAGGAAAAGAUUGCGUUGGACCGCCUGAUGAGGUCAGGGAGUGCAACAUGGGACCAUGCGCGAAUGACUUCAUUAGCAGUGAUGAGGUAACUACCACUCCAAUUUCUCCUUCACCGCGCUCAGCGACACUAAAUAACUCUGCUUUUAACGGCCCAAUUUAGGGAAAAGAUUUAUUUUAUGUAAGAAGGAAGUGCGGUGUACCUGGGAGCACCCUUUGCAAAUAGAUCCUAUGACGAAAUAAACGGUCUUGGUCACUUGUUAUGAUAAAGCAUUUCGUUGACGGAGCCUCUAUUAUUUAGACAUCAAUUUAUGAAGUACACUACGCACAAAGCUAUAAAAGGGACCAGUAAUUGAAUUCACAACUUGGUGUCCUUAUUGUCAUUUCAUAUUGUUCCGCUAAACGGGUUGGCAAACUUGAACGAUGGGAAAAUUUGAAGGCGGAGCUCACAUCAAAAUUGAGGUGAAUAGGCGUGUGCUUAUUAGUCAUCACAUGACUAACGUUGUCAAACUUAUCACAAAUGGAAUGCACUUCGUUUCAUCAUCAACGAUCGUCGCGACUUCGAUUUCGUCGGGAAUACCCGUACAGAGUUUCAUACGAUAUCUUAGAAAAACAAGAUUAAAAAUACACACUAGAGUUAUGGGCUUAGAGGGCCACCCGCUGUAUAAAAUGUUGCCGGAGGUUAAGAACACCAGAUACCAGUUUGGAAGAAAGUCAGCCGGAAACCUAAAGAAAACACGAAGCGUUCUAUGGAUUCUUUUGUAAACCGUCUAACCUUUAAAUACGACUUAGCUCCUUAAUUUCUUUAAUUUUUUAUUGUUAUUCCAAGUAUUGUAGCGUGCUUUUUGCAUUCAUAAUUUUGUAAGAUAGGAUGUGUGUGUUGAUCUUAUGAAAUAAAGACUAAUUGUUAUUAUUAUUAAUUUAAACAUUAUUAUUAUUAUUAUUAUUAUUAUUAUCAUCAUUAUUAUACGAAACUACACAUGACGUAUAUCUACUCCCUCUAACUUGAUUACUUCCUUGAAGUAAUUGCUUUGAAAUAUUUCCCUUUUUAGGGUAUAGCGGAAUAAAGCUCAGGAUAAAGCUACAUCGAAAAACACUGAUGAUUACAUGGGAAAACAUUGGGGAUUUUUAUAUCUUAAGGGUGCAAUGGUGAAUGGGACUUGAAGGGGUUUUAGGGAUUAUUGGAUGUCAUGGUUACUAUUUUCUUAUGACGAAACAACUCGAACGUUUUCUUUUUUUUUGUGAUCUGAUCAUCUUAAGGGUCUGUCAAAACAGUGUCAAAGGUCUUCUGAUUUUCUUUGUUUAAACGCACUUGCGUUUUUUUACUCUUUUGUUAAACCUAUUGCAUAUGUGUCUUUUUCGCUGCCAUCGUCGUUAAGGUUGCUUGAUUUCACUGAUAACAGAAUCUUUUGUUUACACAGUAUUAAUUUUGUUCGCAGCAGCUCGGGCGGGAGUCACGUGAUCCAUGGAGGGGAGCAUUGGGUGACUUCUGCCGGAGCGGCUACAAAGGAGACUUGUACCAUUUACACAGAGGUAUCUACAUUAGGAUCGGGGCUAUAGAAAGCGUCUUCAGUUGGUAUGGUAGUUGA